CCUCGGGCGUCCACGGCCCCGCCUUGACGUAGCCUCGCUUCUCCAAGGCGAAGACGAAGCCGCCGUCGCCGAUGACCACCUCGCCGGCGUUCAGCCUCUCCAGGAUGCCCUGGAUGACAUCAGAGACAACUCCCAAGAUGGGGAAGGGCUCUCUUCAGGCGGCCCAGGAUCUUUUAUACCCUCUGAAUGUGUGUGUGUGUGUGUGUGGGGGGGGGGGGGGGGUCAGUUUCACUUUUAGAACACUCUUCGUAUUUCAACCUCGCCCUGUCGACCCCUCACCCAGAGGAAGAAUUGAACUUAAAUAUUCUCGAGCAGUUGGAGAGAAAAAUAACUGAAUAACAUGUGGGGUGGGGGGGGCGACUCUUUAGCUAGUUUGCAAAGCAAAAAGAGAAGUUAAUGUUUCAAACAAACCUGCAGACUAGCCAUUCGUUGGAUAAGUCCCUCAUCAAUGACUGACACAUGAUAUUGAGUUGGGGAGGAGUGAGACCCCCCCCCCCCCCUUGAAAUGAUUCAAAUCUCUCAGGACCACCACAUCCUGCAGCAGCAAAGACAUGUUCAUUCUUCCACAACCGCAGGGAAAUUAUUUCCAUUCAUGGACAUUGUGUUGCUCCUUUUCGUUGUGUGUUUGUGCUUUUGCCACACGGGGGCAGUGUAAUACAGACAUCUCGAGAAACAGAGCCCAAAAAGAGUGCCAACUCACUUAUCUCACUUUACUCGAGAUCUCAAAAUGUUUCUCGAUAAGAGCGCGUUGCCGCAAUGAAACGAAAAAGCUAUUUUCAGGAGCCAUUUCUGUGUUUUAUUUCUUAAUCAUUUGAAAUUCUGCGGAGUUCUAAGCUCCACACGAUUGACUUAUUCGGGAGAAAAAAAUCAAUACAAAUAAUAAUUGAUAGUAUACAUUCAGAUGACAUGAAAUAAUAAGAAAUUAAGAACGUUUUCAUAUUAUUUCAUUAAUUUCCUUCCAUUCAAUAAGCCGUAUAUUUAAAAAGGAAUCAUUGAGUGACCUAGAUUGAGGGUGGUGGGGAGAGUUCAAGUUACGUCCACACACGGCCGGCGACCCCGUGGGGCGGGUCCAGAGUCCAGUUGCAGGGUCAGUGAAGCAUUUAUAACUUCACGUCAAUUUCUCCAGCCGGUGCCUCGUUUUUUUUUUUUUUUGCUUUUGAGACUCAUGUCUGCUCUCAUGUUAAAGCUAGUCAAGGUGCACCUCCGCUCCAGGGCGCAUUCUGGUUCCCUUCUUCAGCCUUCGCGGACUUUCAGCUGCACGGCGAGGAGAAGAGAUGAGCAAAGUGACGCGUCUUCCGUGUUGGGCAAGCGAUGGAAGGACACAGCCGAGACGGUGGUCAUCGGAGGGGGCUGCGUGGGCACAAGUGUCGUCUACCACCUGGCCAAAAGCGGCAUGAAGGACGUGGUCCUGCUGGAGAAGUCCGAACUGACCGCCGGAUCCACUUGGCACGCGGCCGGGUUGACCACCUAUUACCAUCCGGGCAUCAACCUGAAGAAAGUCCACUAUGACAGCGUUAAGCUCUACGAGCGUCUGGAAGCCGAGACUGGACAGGCGGUGGGCUUCCAUCAGCCGGGCAGCGUCCGCAUCGCGUCGACGGCUGCCCGUGUGGAUGAGAUGAAGUACCAGAUGACCCGCACCCACUGGCAUGUGACGGAGCAGUACAUGAUUGGGCCUGAGAAGAUCCAGGAACUCUUCCCUCUGCUCAACUUGGACAAGGUCUUGGCCGGUCUGUACACCCCGGGAGAUGGCCAUAUCGACCCGUACUCCCUGACCAUGGCGCUGGCGGCGGGCGCUCGCAUGUACGGCGCUCAGAUUUACAACCCGGCCCCCGUCACGGGCCUCACGCCCACAGCCGACGGCAAAUGGGACGUGCAGACGCCUCACGGAACCAUCCGGGCCAAUCGCGUGGUCAACGCCACAGGUUUCUGGGCCCGCGAGGUUGGCAAGAUGAUCGGGUUUGAGCAUCCGACCAUCCCGGUGCACCACCAGUAUGUUGUGACCGCCACUGUGCCAGAAGUCAAGGCCCUCAAGAAGGAGCUGGCCGUCAUCCGAGAUCUGGAGGGCUCGUACUACCUGCGCCAGGAAAGGGACGGCCUUCUGUUUGGGCCUUAUGAAAAGAUGGAGAAGAUGGUCCUGCAGGACUCCUGGGUCCGAGACGGCGUCCCCCCAGGUUUUGGCAAGGAGCUGUUUGAGUCGGACCUGGACCGGAUCAUGGAGCACGUGGAAAUGGCCAUGGAGAUGGUUCCGGUGCUCAAGAAAGCCGACAUUAUCAACAUCGUGUCCGGCCCCAUCACGUACACCCCCGACCUACUGCCCAUGGUCGGACCGCAUCAAGGAGUUCGCAACUACUGGACGGCCAUCGGAUUCGGGUACGGAGUCAUCCACGCUGGCGGAGUGGGGAAAUUCCUCAGCGACUGGAUUCGAAACGGCGAGCCUCCGUACGACCUGAUUGAAUGCGACCCCAACCGCUACGGGAGCUGGGUCGACGUGCCCUUCCUGUGCGCCAAAGCCCGAGAAUCUUAUGGCUUCAAUAAUGUGGUCGGAUACCCCAAGGAGGAGCGCUUCGCCGGCCGACCCACCUGCCGCAAGAGCGGCGUUUACGAUCUUCUCAAGGACAAAGCAUCCAUGGGCUUCCACGCCGGCUGGGAGCAACCUCACUGGUUUUAUAAAACGGGAGACGACACCGGAUACAAGCCCAGUUUCAGGCGCACAAACUGGUUCGAGCCCGUCGGCAGAGAGUGCAAGCUGGUGAUGGAGAAGGUGGGCGUGAUCGACCUGACUCCUUUCGGCAAGUUUGUCGUGAAGGGGGCCGACUCUCUCAAGUUGCUGGACCGCUUGUUUGCUAACACCAUGCCCAAGGUGGGCCAGACCAACAUCAGCCACAUGUUGACGCCCACCGGGAGAGUCUACGCUGAGGUCACCAUCACCCAGUUGGAACCGGGAGAGUUUUUGCUCAUCACCGGCUCAGGAUCGGAGCUACAUGAUCUCAGGUGGAUCGAGACAGAAGCGGCCGUGGGCGGCUACGACGUUGACAUCGCCAACGUGACGGACGAAAUGGGCGUACUGGGCGUCGCCGGUCCCAACUCUCGCACGGUCCUUCAAAAGCUCACCCAGGAGGACAUGAGCCAUUCAGGGUUUAAAUUUCUCCAGUGCAAGCUGAUCCAGUUGGCCGGCGUGAAGCUCCGAGCCAUCAGGAUCUCCUACACCGGCGAACUGGGAUGGGAGCUGUACAUUAGCCAGAAGGACAUGGCGGCAGUGUACCGGGCCAUAAUGGAAGCGGGAGAAGAGGAAGGCAUCGACAACUUUGGCACCUACGCCAUGGCCUCCCUCAGGCUGGAGAAAGGCUUCAGAGGAUGGGGGGCUGAGAUGAAUUGCGACACCAACCCUCUGGAGGCAGGCUUAGAUUACUUCAUCAAGCUCAACAAGCCGGCCGACUUCAUCGGCAAGGCGGCACUUCAGGAGAUAAAAGCCAAGGGCCUGAAGAGGAAGUUGUCCUACCUCGCGGUGGAAACGCACGACGUGGACCCCGAGGGCAACGAGACGGUGUGGCACGACGGAAAGGUGGUGGGCAACACCACGUCCGGGGCCUACAGCUACAGCGCCCAGCACAGCCUGGCCUUCGCCUACCUGCCCGUGGAGCUGUCCUCGGAAGGCCGCAAGGUGGAGGUGGAGCUGCUGGGGAAGAAGUACCCGGCCGCCGUCAUCCAGGAGCCCUUGGUGCUCACCGAGCCCACGAGGACCCGCUUGCAGAACAAAGCAAAGAGCAAAGCAUAAAAAAAUUAGCACAAUGGUGGCAUGGGAGUUAGCGUUCACGUUUGAUGACGUACUUGAACCGCAGUGUCUUAAUUCAUUUUGUAAUUCCAUGGUUUACGUUUCGUUUCUUACGAUUAGAGAUAUAAUGCCAUUGCCAUUCUAGGAAGUCACAGAAUGAAACAUUUGUACAGUUUUUAUAAUUUUUUUAAAACAAAUAUGCAAUCAACAAUAUACUGUACAUUAAUACCGUGAGAAAUAAAGUGUAUAGAACUUGCUGUCUUCUGGAAA